CCGGGCGGAGGCAGCCGCAGCCGCGGGCCCGGCCCAGCCCUCCCCGCGUUCCGUCAGGCGGCCACCCACGGCUGCACAUGCGCACACAGGCUCACUGGCCCUUCGGUCUCCCACCGGAAGUGAAUCGGCCCCGAGGCUGGCGGCCCCGGAAACGCCCCUUCUCCGUCUCCGCGCCGGAGGAGACGUGUAGGGGCCGGGUUUGGCCCUCGUGAACUCUAACCCGAGUAGCUGCGUUUCUCUUUCCGGAACAAGAUGGCGCCGUCCACGCCACUCCUGACAGUCCGAGGAUCAGAAGGACUGUACAUGGUAAAUGGACCACCACAUUUUACAGAAAGCACAGUGUUUCCAAGAGAAUCUGGGAAAAACUGCAAAGUCUACACCUUUAGUAAGGAUGGGACCUUAUUUGCCUGGAGCAACGGCGAAAAAAUAAAUAUUAUCAAUGUCGCUAACAAGAGACUACUGCAUUCCCUCGACCUUCCAAAGGCAGUUUGCCUUGAGUUCUCACCAAAAAACACUAUCCUGGUGACAUGGCAACCUUACACUACUCCUAAAGAUGGCACAGCAGGAACACCCAAUCUGCAACUUUAUGAUGUGAAAACUGGGACAUGUUUGAAGUCUUUCAUCCAGAAAAAAAUGCAAAAUUGGUGUCCAUCUUGGUCAGAAGAUGAAACUAUUUGUGCCCGGAAUGUUAACAAUGAAAUUCACUUCUUUGAAAACAACAAUUUCAACACAAUUGCAAAUAAAUUGCAUUUGCAAAAAAUCAGUGAUUUUGUGUUAUCACCUGGACCCCAACCAUACAAGGUGGCUGUCUAUGUUCCAGGAAGUAAGGGUGCACCUUCAUUUGUUAGAUUGUAUCAGUACCCCAACUUUGAUGGACCUCAUGCAGCUUUAGCCAAUAAAAGUUUCUUUAAGGCUGAUAAAGUGACAAUGCUGUGGAAUAAAAAAGCGACUGCCGUCCUGGUAAUAGCUAGUACAGAGGUCGACAAGACUGGGGCUUCCUACUAUGGAGAACAAACACUGCACUACAUCUCGACCAAUGGAGAAAGCGCAGUCGUACAACUACCAAAAAAUGGCCCCAUUUAUGACGUAGUUUGGAAUUCUAGUUCUACUGAGUUUUGUGCCGUGUAUGGUUUUAUGCCUGCCAAAGCGACAAUUUUCAAUUUGAAGUGUGAUCCUGUGUUCGACUUCGGAACUGGUCCCCGCAAUGCAGCCUACUAUAGCCCUCAUGGGCACAUACUAGUACUGGCUGGGUUUGGGAACCUAAGGGGACAGAUGGAAGUGUGGGAUGUUAAAAACUACAAACUUAUUUCUAAGCCGGUGGCCUCCGAUUCUACAUAUUUUGCUUGGUGCCCAGAUGGCGAGCAUAUCUUAACAGCUACCUGUGCUCCCAGGUUACGUGUUAAUAAUGGGUACAAGAUCUGGCAUUAUACUGGCUCUGUCUUACACAAGUAUGAUGUGCCAGCAAACGGAGAAUUGUGGCAGGUUUCCUGGCAGCCAUUUUUAGAUGGCAUAUUUCCUGCAAAAAGAAUAACUUACCAAGCAGUACCAAGUGAUGUCCCCACUGAAGAGCCUAAAGUUGCAACAGCUUACAGACCUCCAGCUUUAAGGGACAAGCCAAUCACCAAUUCCAAACUGCAUGAGGAAGAACCACCUCAGAAUAUGAAACCACAGCCUGGAAGUGAUCGUCCUUUAUCCAAAACAGCCCUUAAGAAUCAAAGGAAACAUGAAGCCAAGAAAGCUGCAAAGCAGGAAGCAAGAAGUGACAAGAGUCCUGAUUUAGCACCUACCCCCCAGAGCACACCACGAAAUACUGUCUCUCAACCAACUUCAGGAGACCCAGAGACAGACAAAAAGAUCAAGAACCUAAAUCAAGAUGGUGGGUCAGCACCACCAGACGGGUCAGCGCUGCCUCCGAACUGUGCGCAGGCGCGGGGGCUGAGCAGGCGACCAGCCGCGCAGGCGCACUUCCGCUUCCCUCCGCGACCUUGGCCGACGGCGCCUGCGCAGUGGGGAGCGGCUGGCCCUCCCUUCGGCCUGGCUUGGCUGCAGUCACUGUGA